AAACAAAAUGAUGCAGACAAAAUAAAUAAAUAAAGGAAAUUCAGGAAGAGAAAAUAAAGAAAAACUUAUUGUCUGACCGUACAAUCUUGAGAGAGAGAGAGAGAGAAAGAGAAGGGGUUGGAGAGAGAAAGCACAGGCUCUCCAUUACUGUUUGAAACAUCUACAAAAUCAAAUCGCUUCAUCGCUUAGACUAGUGUAUUGUCUUCACUCGAUCCAGCUCUUCUGAUCCUUCUAGAACAUUCUGUAACAGUUUCCGUAGAAACGUUUCCUUCUUUGUUUCCUGUAAAGUGUACAGAAUCCUCUCCCUCAAAAGAAACCCCGUUUCGAUGGAGCUCUACGGCCGGAACCACGCAAGGAAUGGGUCGCAAUCGGGUCAACAACCCGAAUGGAGCCCCGUGAGAGGCGAAACCGGGUUAGAAGAAUCGAUGUGGCGAUUGGGGCUAGCCAGCAGUGAAUUAUAUCCGGAGCGGCCCGGCGUGCCCGACUGUGUGUAUUAUAUGCGAACAGGGUUUUGUGGAUAUGGUGGUAGGUGCCGCUAUAAUCACCCUCGCAAUCGCGCUGCGGUUGAGGCAGCUGUAAGAGCUACCGGGGAGUACCCAGAACGUGUAGGGGAACCACCUUGUCAGUUUUAUUUGAAGACUGGAACCUGUAAAUUUGGAGCAUCUUGCAAGUUCCAUCAUCCGAAGCAUGGAGGUGGAUCCUUGAGCCAUUUUCCACUAAAUACACAUGGAUACCCAUUACGACUGGGUGAAAAAGAAUGCUCCUACUAUUUGAAAACGGGGCAGUGCAAAUUUGGUAUAACUUGUAAAUUCCAUCAUCCUCAACCAGCUGGCACAUCACUGCCAGAAUCUGCACCCCAUUUUUAUCAGCCGGUGCAGUCACCUUCAAUUACUAUACCUGACCAAUAUGGAGGGGGAUCCACCAGCUUGAGGGUGAGGCCUCCAGUGUUACCUGGUUCAUAUGUGCAAGGGGCUUAUGGUCCUGUGUUGUUUUCCCCUGGAGUGGUUCCUAUUCCGGGUUGGAGUCCUUAUUCGGCACCUGUAAGUCCUGUUCUGUCUCCUGGUGCACAGCCUGCAGUUGGGGCAACUUCUCUGUAUGGUGUAACACAAUUAUCUUCUUCAGCACCUGCACUUGCCGGACCUUACGCAUCGCCCUCUUCUGUUGCUGGCCUUUCAAGUGGUACUAAGGAACAAGCUUUUCCAGAGAGACCUGGCGAACCUGAGUGCCAGUACUAUUUGAGGACUGGAGACUGUAAAUUUGGAUCAUCUUGUAGAUAUCAUCAUCCUCGGGAUCGGGUUGUGCCAAGAACAAAUUGUGUCCUAAGCCCACUUGGCCUUCCUUUACGUCCAGGAGUGCAACCUUGUGCCUUCUACUUGCAAAAUGGGAACUGCAAAUUUGGGGCCACGUGCAAAUUUGAUCACCCAAUGGCAACAGUGAGAUAUAGUCCAUCAACAUCAUCUCUUAUUGAUAUGCCAGUUUCUCCGUAUCCAGUUGGGUCUUUGCUUGCUACUUUGGUCCCUUCAUCGUCUUCUGCUGAAUUGCGACCUGAACUUAUUGGAGUGACCAAAAAGGAUCCUUAUUUGAGCAGAAUUCCUUCUUCUGGAAAUACAUCAAGCAAUUCAGUUGGGUUGAUUUUUUCCCAGACUGGGUCUUUACCACUUCCUGAGUUGCAACAUUCAAUUCAGAGUUCCGUUCCUUUAGCCGGUGGCAGAAGUACAAGACAAGGUGGCGAGGUUCGUCAUUCAAGUUGAUGUAAAACCCUAAAGUCAUCGUUCACUAUCUAGCGCAUGCGAUUCAUUGGUCUUCAUAUGAUUUUCUGUUUACAGAGCUCCGUAAGUUGUAACUUGUCCGGAAGUUUCAUUGCUCCAUGUAAAGGUCUACCAUCCAAUCUGGUUUAAGCUCAUAGUAGGACUGAUAGUCUUUAUGCUCAUAUCAUCUAUCUAAAGCCAUUGAUAUUAUCUGAAAUAAGCUUCAGUAGCAAUCACUGUAUGAACUUCUUCGCAAAGCAUCAAAAUAAUUUCAGUUUACGAGGCCAGCCUACACCUUCUCUUGUACUGGGCCUUCUGUAUACUUGAUUCUGAUCAUUUUUGUGAUGGAAAGAAUUAGUCAACCCCCUCACUUAUUAGUCAGCCCCGUCUCUGUCCCUCUCUCUCGCACUCUCUCCCCUGAAAAUUUGGGACAAACUUCCAGUUUUGUAAUUUCUGAGCUUACUAUCUGAUUUCACAAGUGUCAGAAGGUGUUUAUUUUGCCCCCUUUUCGAGGGCAUUUAUGGAGAACGUUUUGAAGACUACAAGUAUGCAUGUGAUUGAAGCAAUACUUUGACACCGAGUUGUCAUCCACUGUGAAGCUCUUCAUGUUUAGUGUAAGGUUGGAGAUGUCUUUUGAAUGUAAAAUACCUUUAUUUGUCUGCAUUAUUUUGAAUUAUUAUAUGAGAUGUUGUCGAAACUUUUGAAUUGCCUUCUUUAUAAAUAUGUCCAAGAUUGCUUUGGGGUUU